UAAAGUGAUCGUAUUCUAUUGCAUCAUUCGCUUAUGGUUCUGCAGACGUGAAACGUGCGACGUGCCACUCCACCGGUUAGUUUGGCACAAAAAAAUAUUAAAUAAAUAAGGAAAUAAAAAUAAAUGCAGUGAUUUAUUUUGUGUAAAAGAAAUUGUGAAAUUAUAGCGAUAUUAAAUAUUUUAUACCAGCAACUGUGUUGUGAUGCUUGAGACUGUGAUUUUGAAGUGGCUGGGAAAAUUGUAUUGAAAAAUUAAAAUAUUUAUGCUAAGCCGCUAACGUGUUUUGUGCGUCUGUUUUGGUGCCUUUGAUGACAAAUCGAAUUAAAAUGGAUAAGGUCAACUACAGCAAAUGUCCGCUCAAGAAGCGUCCGAUCAUGUUGGAGGUGGAGCACCAGGAGCGUACCUACAACGAGGAUCACUUAGAUCAAGAUGAAGGUCCCGUCGAUCUCAGCCUCGCUGCUGGCGCAGCACUUUCAUACAGAUCAGCCCAACCGCCGGCAUCUACGCUCACGUCCAUUGCACCCGCCAGCUAUAAUCCCGCCUACCAGUGGCCCACAGAUAAAGUGGAACAUAAUACACCAUUGCCUACACCACCGCCCUCAGAAAACUCCACUACCGUCGCGGUGGCCUUGCCGCAAACCAAAGAAGAACUUGCGCGGCAUAUUUGGGUGGAGACGCGUGAGAUUGCAAAAGCCUUCCCAGAUGUUUUUACGCGUGAAGAGAUCGCGCGCAGUUUAGCGCGUUUGGGUUAUGGCGAUUUUCCGCUGCCACCGGAAGAGGAGGUUUGCGGCAAAGAGGAGGCAGCGUUAAACGCCGAAAAUCUACAGCCACAAUACGAAGGCAUAACACCACCGCCACCACCAGCUGCAUCGCCGUUAAACAGCGCUUUUAUGCCGCGUAUGAUAAAGCAAGAAAUCGAUGUUGAUAGCUACGCGCCUGCAGAUGAAUAUAGAAACUACAAUAAUAAUUUAAUGAAAAGUAUUGCUGAUUACGAGGACUGUAUGCAGCCGCAAGCUUACAAUACACAUGUGGAACAGGCGCCGCAACAACUCCAACAGCAGCAUGCGCAGCAACGUCUACCAACGGUCAUACAACAGCCAACGCAGACUGAGAAUUAUUACAGUUAUGAGCAGAGUGAGCGUUGCGACUUUGAGCCACAGGACUUGAGUGUACGCAAUGAGCAGCCGGCGCGCCGCGUGCUCGGUGAGAAUAUCAAUCUGCAUAAUGUUGCGCGCGCGCUGCUAAGUAUGCAGCAUAUGGGCUCGCAACGCGGUAAUCACAACAACAACAAUCAUAUAAUGCAUGCGCCUAGUAUGCCAACAGAACGCCGCACUGUAGACUCACCACCCACCAAUACAUUGAAGCUCAAAACCAACAACGAUCUCUACUAUCAAUGUCAGCAGUGCAACAAAUGCUACUCGACCUACGCGGGGCUGGUGAAGCACCAGCAAACACAUACCUACGAAAGCACCGAGUAUAAGAUCAUACGCAGCGUCGAUAACGUCGAAGCGUCUGGCGCGCACACCGCAACAGACGAUUUCCCCAGCGACAAAGCGGCCACGCUCAUACACUCCUCGAGUGUGGCAACCGCGCAGUCCACGCAAAAGCCUGUCGGCGUACCGCGCUACCAUUGCAAGGAUUGCGGUAAAUCAUACUCCACCUAUUCGGGUUUGAAUAAACAUCAACAAUUUCAUUGCCCUGCCGCCGAAGGUAACCAAGUGAAGAAAGUUUUCAACUGCAAGAAUUGCGAAAAGACCUACGUCUCGCUGGGCGCGCUCAAAAUGCACAUACGUACGCAUACGUUACCUUGCAAAUGUCCAAUCUGCGGUAAGGCUUUCUCUCGUCCGUGGUUAUUGCAAGGCCACAUACGUACACACACCGGCGAGAAACCGUUCAGCUGUCAACAUUGCAAUCGCGCCUUUGCCGAUCGUUCAAAUCUGCGCGCGCACAUGCAAACCCAUUCCGAUGUGAAAAAGUAUUCGUGUCCUUCCUGCACGAAGUCAUUCUCACGCAUCUCCCUGCUGGGCAAGCAUUUGCAAGGCGGCUGUCAGCAAUCGCCCAAUUCCGCGUCGCCAACAUCGUCGACGGAGAAUUUGGCCUCAUACACAAUGAGCUCGAGAUCGGUAGUGCGCAGCGGCGGCGACAGCAGUGAAGGUGUUGGCAUUUUUAGUCAACAACAGCUGCAACAACACAUGCAACGGCUGCAGCAGAACGAGGCUUACAAUGAUGAAAAUAUGCCAGCAGAUCCACAGCUGCAGCAACAAAAACAACGGCCCGCGAACUAUUUCUACGCCGAGAGCUUGGUUAGCAGCGGUGGCGAUGAAGAAGAGUUGGAGGAAAUGCAUUUCACUGCGACUUCACCACCACCGCCUGCAGUUGCUCAGUCGGCGCAAGCGCAGCAGCCAAUGGCGGCGCAUACGGGAGAAUAUUGAGUGGUAUGUAAGAGUGUAAGUAACACGAGGUGAAACACUGCGGAAAGGAUACUCAUAGGUUAGUUAUUAGUUAGUAAAUUAUUUUUAAAUAGACUUCAAGCAAGUUAGGAACUCAGGAAUUCGCUCAUAAGUUUAGGUACAUAUGUAUGUAAGUGAGGUAUGCCAAAUAUAUGUAUAUUGAAACAGUGCCAAAAAUUAGUUAGGUUUAGACGGCGUCGUAUUAGUUAGUAAGUAGUCUAGAUUAAGAGCUAUGAAAAGAUUUAUUUAAUUGUUUCUUAUUUAU